AUGAAAGUAUAUUUAUUUAUUUUAGUCUUAAUAUAUAUUGCUAUGGCAUAAGAAUAAUGGGAAACUAUUUACACUAGCUUUAAUGGUAAUAACCCUAAUGAUGCUGAAGGUUAUUUUCAUCUUUAAUGAUUUAGGUUGGAUAGUAAGCAAUAAUUAUUAGGGUAAUUUAUUCACUAAAUGUAAUGGUGUUACAUUGUUUGGAGGAUAUUAUGCAUUUGGAAAAGAUGCAAUAGUAUCUAAGUUAUUUAAACUGCCUCCUCAUUAUCAACUUAAAAUUACUUUUUAAUUUUGGAAGUAUUUCUUAGAUAAAAAUUAGAAUCGAUAGCUGGGAUAAUGAAUCUGUCUAUUUAAUAGCUGAAGAUUAUAAAUGGUCAUAAGAUUAUAUAUAUUAUAAAGAAGCAUAUUAAUGUGAACUUUAAAUAAUUGAAAUGGUGAUUCAGUGGAUUGCAUUUGUUAUUAAUCAUAACUCAGAAUCAUUAACUUUUAUAAUGACUACAAAUCUGAAUGAAUAAGCAAAUCUUGUAAUAUUAAAUUCAUAUAAAAGGAAAGUUGGGGAAUUAGAGAUUUUUCAAUUUAAAUUUUAAGAUGUCCUUAAGGUUGUUUAUACUGUUAAGAUAAUGAUUAUAAUAAUUGUUAUUAUUGGAUUGGUUUUUUAUCAUUAUGGCAUGAAUCAAUAGAAGUUGAUGGAUGGAUUAAGAAUAAUAAUAAUAUGUAACCUACAAUUGAUAAAUGUGUCAGUUUUGAUAUAAUAAAAUUAGCACCAAAUGAUAAAUUAGAAAAAAUAAUAGAAAAUUUGAAUGCUCAUUAUAAAAUGUAAGUAUAAUUAUAAAUUUGGAAAAUUGAUUCAUGGCAUAAUGAAAUGUUUAUUUUAGAAAUAGAUGAUUAAAUUUAUAAUUAAACUAUUUUAGAAUCUACAGGUAUAUAUAAUAUUUGUGGAUCUAAUGGAUUAGAAAAUAUUAUUAAUAUUGCAAUUACUUUACCUCAUUCAUUAUCUAAAUGUAAAAUAACUAUGAGAACUAAUCAUAAUUCUAUAACUACUAAUGCAUAUUGGGGUAUAAGAGCUUUUAAUAUAUAUCUUGCAAAAUGUUUUAAGGGUUGUGAUCAAUGUCUAGGACCUUUAAAAACUGAAUGUACUGUUUGUUCAAGUGGAUGGGUCUUUUACAAUAAUUUAUGUACUCAUUGUAUUCAUUAAUCUUAAUAAAAGCUCCUCCUAUGCUUUUUUCAUAAAUCUAAAUUACUUAAAUUAAAGAUCUAAAAUCAGAUGAAAGGAUUUCUAUGGAGAUUAAUCUAUUAGAAGUUGAUUAAAAAAUAAUUAGUUAAGGUAACAUUACACUUUUAGUUAAUAAUAAUUAGUAAAUUUUGACUAUUCAAGUUUAUGCUAAAUGUAUUUAAAAUAAAAUAAUCAAAAGCUAAUUUUUAAGUAAUAAACUUUAAGAUUUGUAUUAAUAUUAAUUUUAAUAAAAUUGUUAAGGUAAUUUUAAUUCUAUUAUUUAUAAUGUUAAAUAUCAAUUAAGAAUAAUAUCAGAAUAAUAAUUAAUAAUUAAUACAUCUGAUACAUAUUGUUUAAUAUAUUAAAUAGUUGAGGUCGAUGACGAAAAAUUUAGUGUAAAAAUUUUAGAAAUUUUAUUAGAAGAUGUUUGA